AUGGAAGACAAAAGGGAACUCUUGAAACAGCCAUUACAUGGGAUUUAUAUUCCCAUUGCAUUAAUGUUGGGUGGGACAUUAAUCUUUGGUAAGGAAUAUCUUCCCUAUACCGUUGGGUUUAUUGUAGUUGUGUGUUCCUUACAAUUUUAUGGAGCGUAUAGGAAUAGAGCUAGUUUACAUUCUGUAAAAUGGAAUGAUUUUGAAUUGAUUGAUAAGACUAUUGUCUCCAAGAAUUGUGCUAUUUAUCGAUUCAAAUUGAACCAUGAUGAUGAAGUUCUUGAUAUUCCUGUUGGUCACCAUUUAGCUUGUUGUUUCACUAUUGAUGGAAAAGAUGAGAUUAGAUAUUAUACCCCGAUUCUGAAUAAAUUUGAUGCUGGAUUCUUUGAUAUUUUGGUAAAAUCUUAUCCUACUGGUAAUGUUAGUAAACGGUUAGCCAUGUUACGUGAAGGUCAAACCGCUAAAUUCAGAGGUCCUGUUGGUCGUUUACAAUAUAAAACUAAUAUGGCUAAAGAAAUUGGUCUUAUUGCCGGUGGUUCCGGAAUUACUCCAAUUUUACAAGUAAUUACAGAAAUCAUCACCACUCCCCAUGAUACCACAAAGAUUUCUCUAAUCUAUGCCAAUGAAACUUUAAAUGAUAUUGUUUUGAAAAGUGAAAUCGAUGAGAUUGCAAAGAGAUACCCAAAUUUUUCAGUACACUAUACUUUAUCCACACCUCCUGAAAAUUGGGUUGGCGAUGUUGGUUUUGUAUCUGAAGAAAUGAUAAAGAAAUACUUGCCAUCACCUUCUCAAGAUUCUCGUUUGUUCAUUUGUGGUCCCCCAGGUAUGAAACAACUGCUCUUGGAUAUUUCACACAAGUUGGGUUGGGAAAAGGGUACCAUGAAAUCACCACCUGAAGAUCAAGUUUUUUGUUUCUGA